AUGAAAUCUAUAUCAAAAUUUACCAAACCUGAAAAACUUCCGAAAUAUUUCGCCAUUGAUAUCGAUGGUACAUUCUUCAUAGAUGAUCCCGAAAAAUUCAAAAGGAACGCAGAGGCUUUUAAAAGACUAAAGAAUUCUGGCGUCACUCCAUUCUUCUGUACAGGGAGAAGUUUUAACUGUACGUUGCAAUUAAUCGGAGAACUAUUCCUUGAUGAAGUUGGAUACACAGGCUUUCCAGGCAUAUACCUAAAUGGAGCAGUAGUUUAUGAUGAGAACAGAGAAGUAAUACAUUCGAAAAUCUUUUCAGAAGACUUUCUAGAAGAAUUCUACAAAUUUAUGAAUAAAGAAGGAAUUGCAGAUAAGGUAAUAUUUCAAAGUGAGGAUGGUUGUUAUUGUCUUGGAAAUUUUUAUGAAGAAGGGAAAAAUUUCAUGGAAUCAAAGAAGAUGAGUUUACCAGUUAAUGUCACUCGAGAUACCUUAGAUAAUAUAGAUAUAGUGGGAAUCUCUUUACCAUUCAUGCCAUUGGUUAUAGAGAACAUGAAAGAGGGAAGGGAUUAUAAUGUUAAGACUGCUUAUAACGUGAUAGCCCAGAUAACACCUCCUGAUAGUAACAAAAAAACGGGUCUUGAAGAAUUAUUAAAACAUUUGGGCUCAAGCGGAGAAGAAUGCGCCUAUAUAGGUGAUGAUUUCAACGACGCUGAACCUAUGGAGUACUGUUAUCUUUCAUUUGCAGUUGGUGAUGCACAAAGUGUUGUUAAGGAAAAAGCAAAAUGGAUUACGGGGGAAAAACAUGAUGAAUGCGCUUUUGAAAAGGUCGUUUCUGCUCUAUUGGAUUAA